AUGUACAAUUCUAAAACUGAGGUUCCACUAAAGGUCAUUCGUGGAGCUUUAGUUGAUGAGAUACACCAAGAGUUUAAUUCAUGGAUCUAUCAGGUUACCAGGCUUUACAAGGACAAAGAACAUGCUGAAGUUGAAUUCACAAUUGGCCCAAUCCCCACAGAUGAUGGUGCUGGGAAAGAGGUCAUCACGCGAUUGGCAAUGAAUAUGGAAACGAACAAAGUUUUCUACACUGAUUCGAAUGGAAGGGAUUUUCUAAAACGAGUUCGAGAUUAUAGAGAAGAUUGGUCUCUUUCAGUUACUCAGCCUGUAACAGGAAACUAUUACCCACUUAAUCUUGGAAUUUUCAUGGCGGAUAAGAAAUCUGAAUUAUCAGUAUUAGUUGAUUGUGCCACUGGGGGAGCCAGCAUUGCAGAUGGACAACUAGAGCUGAUGCUGCACAAGUAA